CACGGUUUUUGCAUCUUGUUCCGCUUGUACUUCGCUCUUCAUCAUCCAGCAACACCAUAUUGCUCACAGCAGAGCUCGUGGCCCAGCAGCAGCGACGAAAACGAUAACAACUGCGCAUCAACGGAGUAGAAGACCGUUUUCUUCAACGCAGCUUUGUCCCUCCGUGCAAGAGCUUCAAUCUCCCAUCAAAUUUAUCGCCAGCCGAGAACUGAUUCUUCCACGAUGUCGAGUUCCUCUCAGCCACCCAAAAUUGACUUGGAUGCUCGCGCUGCAGAGUUGAAAGAAAAGCUUCUAAGGAGCCGGGGUCAUAUUCAGAGUCCGGUCCGUGCAAUCUCUGCGCAGCCUUCACCUCCAGACCUUGUCCGCGCCUCGGGUUUAUCCGCGGCUGCUCCUGCUCCGUCCGAAGCUUGUUCGAAUGGAUCGUCUGCCAGGACGAAGCCUCUGUCCGAAAUCAUCGCCGAAAGCGUUUCUCCCCAGGCUCCAUUAGCCUCGCUUCCCGCAGAUGCAAACGAUAUUGCAGACCUAAUAUCUUCUAUCUCAGCUUCCUUCUCUCACCCUUCGGACACGGCGAGGAGUCAUCUAGAGGAACAAGACAGAAAGGAAGCAAUUGCGCAAGUUGGGCUUACUUCUGGGCUGUCGUCUAGGGAGCCAAAGCCAGAUCAUGAGCCACCUAUGCCAGCGUCGACGAGUGCCACAGCGCAGAACAUAACACGGGCUCAGGAGACUCUCCGGGUGCCGACUUCCUCGACUUCCUUGUCAACUGAACAGCCCGUUGAACCCAGGUCUGUCCAGGCAACGAAACACAAUAGCCAAUCGGUCGCAGCUGAAAUUCAACUGGCCCCAAGAAGUUCCAACAAUGAGACUAUUAAACAGGGGGAGGCGUACCCUCAGACCUCAACACAAGAGUUUCCUGAAGAAGGCAAGAUGACGGCAAAUCGGAAGAAUAGUGGCUCAACUGCUGCUCCAACAGCACCAGGAGUGAUAAACGUGUCAAUGGCAACGACCGUCUCUCCAACAACAGGGUCUAGGAACAGCCAGAGGGGCAGAGAGCCCGCAGAAAGAGCAGCGGCCGACACCCAAAGUUCCCAGUCAACCAAGGGUUCUAGCACUAGUCAAGAACUCAGUGGCAAACAGACCCAACCUACACCUACAGAGCCAUCCACCCACAACCCGCCCGACGGCAUAGCCAAGUCGUCGCACACUGAUGCGCUAGUGAGCAAUCCUUCAACUGAAAAGCAGUCGAUAGAGUCCAAAACGAACGGCAACCAGCCAGGUUACUCGGAACCUGAAGCAUCUGAUGACUUUUUUGCCCGCCUUCUGAAUCAAGUACCUGACCUCAGAGAUUUCCUCGAAAUGACUGACUACUACAAUGUAGAGGCUCGGACAAGAAGGCUUGCUCGGUUCCGGAGAGCAAAGGCGCUCGCCGCUGAAAAGCGGAGGAUUGAGGAGGAGGAGCGUAAACUCAAGGAGGAAGAGGAGCUUGAGAUGGAAUUACAGCGAUCGACUGUGGCACGGUUGACGAGCGCGGUACCUAGCGCUUUCUCGGCCUCGGACUCGAAUACCCUACCAACCCCGGUUACCCCAAUCACUAAAAGCGUAAACGAGGGCGAGGGUAGAGACACGUCACGCGUCAUUCCCGUCAAGAGAGAGUUGGAACCUGAAACCAGUCCUGAAGCUCGCCAAGAAAAGGUGCCCCGCCUCGAAGCGCCGCCGUCAACUCGAUCGAGGGAUCUUGAGGACAGGACCCGGGAGGACGACAAGCGGGAUGAGCUCUAUUCGCGCCGCGAGUUGUCGCCCCGUCACCAGGAUCGUCACGACCAGAGCCCGCUCCCUCGACCCCAUUACCGUGACGAUAACAACGGCGAGGAUAACCGUAGAGUGGACCGGUAUAGGGGCGAGGACAGUCGUUACCGUGAAUCGGAGCGCCGUUCUUCAUACCCAAUCCAUGUCGACUUGGGCCGCAAGGGUGACACGCGCUUCUUUAUCCUGAAAUCGUUUAAUGAGGAGAAUGUGAGAAGGUGCAUGGAAGAUUGCCUCUGGACGACCCAAAUCCCAAACGCAGAAGUCCUCUCCAAAGCCUUUGCUGAAUGCAAAAACGUUAUCCUCUUCUUCUCCGUCAACAAGAGCAAAGCCUUCCAAGGAUAUGCCCGGAUGAUGUCUGCCCCGUCCCCCGACAACCCCCGACCGAGCUUCGCCAAGGGAAUCCACUGGGAAACGAGUGAUCCCUUCCGAGUGCGGUGGCUCAGCAAGACGGCCGUCGACUUCUGGCGUAUCGGACACAUCAAAAAUCCAUAUAACGACUACCUGCCCGUGUUAGUGGGUAAGGAUGGACAAGAAAUCGAAGAGGAGUGCGGAGCGGCGCUAUUAAGGGAGAUGGAAGGAUAUGCGGCGGCAGCCGAGAGUAGUCGUAGCUAUGGCGGUGGGAAGAGGCCGGCGGUCGAAAGUUACCACCUGGGAAGAAGGGAGAGUGGCGGGGGUCGGUUUUAUGUGGAUAGGUAUAGGGGGUGAGAAUUUGAGAAUGGGAGGGCGAAAGGAGAUAAGGGAUGGCGUGGCGUAUAUUGGCGAGUACAUACAUGGUGCAGUUGAAUGCGUAUACGUGCCAGGGAUUGUGCCCUUGUAACUUCAAAGUCCGUGUGCUUCUCCAUCUAAAAACAUUAUCGGGAGUCCUGUAUCGUUGGAUGAGCGCCUGUGCUGUACAACCUCUCUUUUACAACUACCAACCCUAUCAGUACGAUUGCCACUCGCACGCCUAGCAGCAAAAAAACCUUAGAAAUCUUAAGGCACAUGCAAUUCACAUCCUGAAAGCGUCUCACCGGCCAAGUGCCACAGCCAAGCGAAGCAAA